UUGACGAAGGCUGUGUGUAAUAUACCUCGAUCAGGACUGUCUUAGUGCGAUCAUUUAAGCUCAGCUGUCCGUUGGUUCGUUUACCGGACGCCGGAGAUGAGCGAGCUUCUACAGGUGUCUGUGAAAGGGCGUCAUGCAGGUAAACGGCAGUGAGCGUCCCAUCUGCUGUUGAUGCUCGCCAUCUCGCUCCUAAGUCGAGGGCACUCUCAGCUGAAGUGACCAUGAAGGACACCGGAGAAUCAAAAGACCACCAACUAACCGUGGCCUUAAGGAUCCGACCCCUCAGUGAUGCUGAGCAGGAGGACGGGGCCACCAUUGUGGCUCACAGAGUGGACGACCAGAUGGUGGUUCUUAUGGACCCGAUGGAGGACCCAGACGACAUUCUGCGUGCCAACCGCUCCAGAGAGAAGACGUACAUGUUUGACGUGGCAUUUGACUACUUGGCCAAUCAGGAGGAAGUCUACCGGGCUACAACAAAGGGGCUAAUUGAAGGCCUCAUAUCAGGCUACAAUGCCACAGUGUUUGCCUACGGACCUACAGGUUGUGGGAAGACGUACACCAUGUUGGGGACAGACAAGGAGCCUGGGAUCUAUGUGCGGACAAUGAAUGACCUGUUCCGUGCCAUCGAGGAGACCAGCGAUGACAUGCAGUACAGCGUCUCCAUGUCUUAUCUAGAGAUCUACAAUGAGAUGAUCCGUGACCUGCUGAACCCAUCCUCGGGGUUUUUGGAUCUGAGAGAAGACUCAAAGGGAGUGAUACAAGUUGCUGGCAUCACUGAGGUGUCUACCAUCAAUGCCCGUGAGAUCAUGGAACUACUGAUGAAGGGCAACAAACAACGCACCCAGGAGCCCACUGCGGCCAAUCAGACGUCGUCCCGCUCCCAUGCUGUGCUGCAGGUGGCCGUCAAGCAGCAGAGCCGCUGCCGAGACGUCCUGCAGGAGGUCCGCUUCGCACGCCUUUUCAUGAUCGACCUGGCAGGCUCCGAACGGGCAGCGCAGACUCAGAACAGAGGUCAGCGAUUGAAAGAGGGGGCCCACAUCAACCGCUCCCUCCUGGCUUUGGGGAACUGCAUCAACGCUCUGAGCGACAAAAACGGAAACAAGUACGUCAACUACCGGGACAGUAAGCUGACUCGCCUGCUGAAGGACUCGCUUGGCGGUAACAGCCGUACUGUCAUGAUAGCCCAUAUCAGCCCUGCCUCCCUGGCUUUUGAGGAGUCUCGAAACACGCUGACAUAUGCAGACCGUGCCAAAAGCAUUCGUACACGGGUAAAGAAGAAUCUGAUAAAUGUGUCCUACCACAUUGCUCAGUACACCAACAUCAUCUCAGAUUUGCGCUGCGAAAUCCAGCGGCUCAAGAAGAAGAUUGUCGAUCAGGCAGGUCGCCAUCUCAACUCAGACAGGGCUGACAUCCGCAACAUCCAGGCAGAGAUCCAGGCCCACUCCGGUCAUCAGAGCCAGCCUGAGUUGGACCAGCUGAGGGAGCAGCUCCUGGACGCCUUCCGCCAGCAGAUGGAGAUCAGGAAGAGCCUGAUGGAGCUGGACAACACCAACAUGGGGAUCCAGAUAGACACCUCCAAACACUUGCUCACCAUCACAGACUGGGAGCAGGAGCGAAAUAGGCGUAGGAGGAAGUGGCGUGCCGAAAGGAGAAAGGAGAGUAUUAACAAGGAUGAGAGCGAAAAGGAUUCGGACUCCCCAGAGUCCCCGCCAGACAGCAUGGAAACACAGGAGGUGGCCAUGGCCCGAGAAAACCUGCUCACACUCAUGGCUGAACAAAAGAAGAUCCGCAAACAGAAGGCGAUGCUGGAGCACCAGUUCUUGGAGCUGCGGGAUCAGGCACGGCACCUGGAGGAGCUCCUGCCCCGGAAAGUGAGCACGGACGAGCAGCGCGAAGUCCUGGGCCUCCUUUGCAAGGUCCAUGAACUGGAGAUUGAGAACGCUGAGAUGCAGUCCCACGCGCUGCUCAAAGACAACGUCAUCCGCCAGAAGAACUUUGUGGUGCAACGCUUCGAGCAGCACCGGCACUUAUGUGACGAGAUCAUCCAGCAGCAAAGACAGUUCAUCAGUGACCACAGCCUGCUAGUGCCCACCCACCUUCAGGAGCUGUAUGAUCUGUACAUGAGGGAGCUGGAUGAGAGGAAUUUGGACAGAGCCAUGGCCCUGGAUAAGGCCACCAUUGGACGCACGAUCAAGGAGGGGUCUCUGCCCAAGAUCGCCCUGCCCAGCCGCUGUCGUGACCCUUUGCAGGAUUUGGACUCGGAUCAGGAGAGUGUACGCAACAUGGGCUCUGACAACAGACAAGGCCAGGCCAGAGUCCGCAGACACACCCUGCCUCCCAUCCUACCUGAAUUCGAGGGGGACAAUAACCGGGUGUUCAAGAGCAGCCCGUAUGCCAGACAGAUUAAAAACUCAGUUGUCAUGACCCCACCGCCCAUCCACAUCAAUGGACAGGGGAAAAAAGAGCUACGACCAUUAGCUGCUGAGGCCUCUCUGAGCUACAGCCACCUCAGCCACAGUGUCAGCAGCCAUCUUGACUCCUCACCUGAGAGCAGCGAGGCAGGUGCAGAUGUCCCACUGUCACACAAGGAGAGACAGCAGAUCCUUAAGGGGGUCCAGAGCAUUGUCCUGAAAGCAGCCCGCAGACGUUCUAAAGCCCUGGAGGUUGACGCCUUGCGGCUUCCUCCUCCCCCUUCCCCCUUGGACCCCAAGAAGCAGAAGAGCAGUCUUUCUUUGAAUGAGGCUCCUCCUAGAGGCCUGGCACUGCGGCGCGGCAGGCAGCCCAGCCCCGAGCUGCGGCACGCCACCUCAGAUGACAACCUGUCCAGCAGCACAGGGGAGGGGCCCGGCCCGCAGAGCACCUGGACACGUCCACGCAAUCGACAGCCCACCACCAAGAACGCCACCCCCCGUGAGCUGGACUUUGAGGCUCGCCGCAGGAAGAGGCGUUCCCGCUCCUUCGAGGUCACUGGCCAAGCACUGCCUCAGACCAAGACAACAACAACCCAAAAGUUUCGUCCACUGGACAGCACAUCAGACCCUCACCUCCACAUCAACGGUCAGCCCCAAGCUCCACUGCUACGUCCCCAGCACAGGGGGGUCCCUCCUCUCACCAAAGGCAGGGCCUCCCAUAACAGUCAGCAAACAGGAUCAACCACUGAGUCCUCCACAGCCAGCCUGAAUAACUCAAAGCGAGGGUCCCAGCUGCGGCAGCCCCAGCCACGGCAGCCCCAGCCCCCGCUCUACAUCACCAACACGGGCACCGGGGGCCAGCGCGCACGCAGACACUGAACAGUUGCAUCUGUGCGGCACUAUCUACUACACCCAUUAACCCCAGCUGCAACCAAAACACCAGCACUACCAACCUUACCAGCUAAUCUUGAAAGGUUGAAAUGAAUGGUUAAAAUACCCAAACCCACCCCACCCAAGCCACCAGUAAAGAUAGCAAGCAGGUAGGCCACUACUCAGAUAUAAGGCAAGAUUGUGAGAUAGCGUAUUGGAGACUUAGCUAAGCAGUAGCUGAAUACUUCAACAGCAGCCUCAUUUGUGCUAUUAUCUGAGCUCUGAGCAACACCCACUAAAGCUCAGAGGCUCUGAAAUCCCCGGCCUGGAGAUGCCAAAGAUGAGCCUGUCGGUGGCCAGACGUACCUGGUCAGUUCUGUACUUAGGUUUUAGUUUGCUCCCAUACUUGUAUUUAUAUUGCGAUGAUUGGCGCCAAGCUCAUUAAGACUGUGGUGCUCCACCAAGAUGUUUGGCAUUACUACUGGACUGCUUGUUAUGAAUGACCCUGAUCGCUGAUUAAGGUCUACACAAUAAAUAAUAAUAGCCUACUGUCAAACUGCUUUUGUGUCAAUCAUCGUUUGUUUCAUAGUGAUGUUUGGUCUUAAUAUAAAAAAACUACACAUAUGACAGUGUUUAAACCUGAUCAUCUUGAUGAUUGUUGCUCACUGCAGUACUUAACGUUGAUAUACUCUCAAAUACCCCAGGGUGUAUGCCUUUUUUUCCCCCCUCACCUGAACACAACUGUUACUUAUCAUGCUUUCACGUUAGACGGGGCUUUUCCCCAACACGCCCCAUAGAGCACCAUGAGCUGCAGUCCCACUUCAGUUGGCGAUAUUUUUAAUGGAUUAUUUGAUCGUUGCCUUUUUUUUUCUUUGUUACCAAAUUGUUGUCAUUGACAUUGUUUUCAUAAUUACUACUUUCUUUACUUUAUUUUGUACAUUUUUUUAUUUGUACCACAA